UUACUGUUAUCAAAUAAUGUCAUUUCUGAUGAGACUGCGUGCUACAAUUAUUUAAAUGACCUCACUAAUACAUUUAAUCAUUAUUUUCCAAUAUGCGGUAAUUUUAAUCAAACUUCAGGAUGCCCAUGUUCUCAAGAUUAUAUCAAUAAUUUAACAUGCGCCUAUAACUGUCAUACGAAAUAUAAUCAGUCUGUUGAUAAUCCUCAAAAUGAAGUAGCCCAUUGUAACGAAAAUGGAAACACAGAUACUAAUUAUGUGCCUCUGAAGGUUCCUACCAAUCCAUCUUGCCCGGAUAAUUUGUUAAAUGAUCAGGGAAAUAGUCAGAACCAUUCAGGAAUACCAAUCUGGAGCUGGUUGAAUCCAGCAUACAAUCCAAACAAUCCAAGACCAGUUACACAAUAUGUUCCUCCUCCUCCCGAUACUGUGGCUGUCGUCCCUGCAAGACUUACAAAUUAUAAUUAUUCCAACGAUCAAACAUUUGUUGCUACUAAUUAUGGGUACGGUUUUGACCGAGUAACCCGAGAAAGUGCUUG